UAAAAAAAACAAUUGACAAAAAGAAAAAGAAAAAGAAAAGAAGAAGUGAAAUAGUCGUAGGAGAGAGAGUUUGAGUCUGUUUGAUUUCCAUGGUAUAACUAGCAGGCAGCAAGGCAACAGCGCCAAGCAGCCAUUUCCUUUCUUCUCCUCCUUGCCAUUUACUCUGUUAUUAGUCUCCUUCCUCCUCCUCCCUUGUUUUUCGGUCUCUCCAAGAAAACCCUUUCAUCUCCCUCUCUCACUCAUAUAUUCUCGCGACAUUUCUCACCCUUUUCCCAUUUCUUCUCCCCUCUCAAAUCCCUCGCAAUUUCCUCCAUCUUCUUCUCCAAUCUCCCCCCCUGUUUCUCUGCAAUUCCCCCAAUCAAAUCACUUUCCGCCAUUUUCCAAACCUCCGCUUCCCAAUUCAAUUUGAAUCCCUCCCUCUCGUUUCCCAGUCUAGGUUAAGGAAGAAAAAAAGAAAAACGGAGGAGGAAUCGGUUACAUCAUCAAACAAUGGCGAUCGAUCUCUGUUCCGAACCUAGUUCCGCAAUCAGCCCCCGGAUUUCCUUCUCCCACGAUUUCUGCCUCUCCGAAUUCGAUCAACAACAGCAGCAACAGCACCCUUACCGAUCCGCAUCCCCCGGCACCAGCAUCGACUUCGAUUUCUGCGUGAGGAAGAGCAGCUUCGAUCACGACCCUUCCUCUUCCGCCGACGAGCUCUUCUCCGACGGCAAAAUCCUCCCCACCGCCAUCAAAACCGCCGCCGUCCGCCCCAAACCGUCUCUUCCUCCGCCGUCGCCGCAUCCUAAGCCGCGGAUCGAAGAAUCCUCCGCCGGCAAAGAAAUCGACGAUAAUCAUAGGCGGGAAGAGGACGAAGAGUCGAAGCAGCAGAGCUCGUCGAAAUCGUUCUGGCGGUUUAAGCGGAGCAGCAGCGUGAAUUGCUCCACCGGUUACGGGAGGUCGUUGUGCCCGCUCCCGCUUCUCUCGCGGAGCAAUUCCACGGGAUCCUCCACCGCCAGCGUCAAACGAGCCCCGUUUUCCGCCGCCGCCGCCGGGAAGCAACACAAGCAGCAACCUGCUGCUGCUGCUGCUGCCUCGUCGGACCACAGGAAGCCGCCGCUGAGGAAGGUCGGCCACGGAGGGUACGGCGGCAGCGGCGCGUCCGCCGGGGUACGGGUGAGUCCGGUGUUGAAUAUGCCGUCGGGGAAUCUGUUUGGGUUGGGCUCCAUUUUCUCUGGUCAUAGUAAGGACAAGAGCAAGAGCAAGAAGUAAACGGACGCCGUCGAUGAUUUCCCUUCCUCCCUUUCCUCCCGUCGGAUUGUUUUCUCUUUUCUUUUUUUUCGUUUGUUUCUUUGCUUUGCUUCGUUCUUCAUUUGUUUUUGGAUUGGUGAAGUGAUUUUGUUCUCUCUUUUUUUCCAAUGAGCAAAUUCAAGUGUGGAUUUUUUUUUUUACUUUCUUUUUUCCUUCCAAUUGUCUAGCUCACUCUGCUGAAUUAGCUUUUGUUAUUUUUUUUGUUAGUUGCAUUAUGAGGAUGUGGAAGAUAGGUUCAUAACAUAGAGUGUUUGUAAAAAAAAUUCAUAAAAAAAAUAUGGAGUUCAUGUAAAUGAUAUAAUAAAAUUCAGUAGCUCGGACGAAUAUGCUGAUUUUUGUAGUUAUGUGCUACUGAAAAAAUGCAAAUACGAGAUUUUGAAGUUUAGUCCUCUUGAAAGAAAAUGAUGGAAGGAAGGCAAAAAAAAAAAAGGUCUUUCAAUUAAAUUGGAGCGGGAAUUUCUAAACUAAUAUAUGUAUUAGACAACCGUAUUCCUUGAGCGUGUCUUUUAAGUCUUAAAAAAAUAAAUUGAGAGGGGAUAAUGAUAAAUUGAUAAUGAUGCCCCUACAUAUAAUUGAGGGGCACAUGGUGUUUUGGAGGACAAACAAAACAAGACAGGUAACCUACGUCCAUUGCUUUACAUUACAUGGGUUGUCCCAUUCCAUCCUAUUCAUGCUUUCCCUAUUCCAAAUUUUUUUUUUUUAAAUCACGAAAUAGAUACUUUAGGCAAAUUGUACAUCAGUAUGAUAAGAAACCAAUUUUAGUUAACAAGCGUGUUUUGGAGUUAAAUGGAAGAGAAUUCUUGUAAGAAUUUCGAAGUUUAACGUGAUCAUUGUAGAGCGAUGCAGGGAUGGGUGACCUCUCCGAAGUCACCUUGAUAUGCACGCCGAGACAAAAAAAAAUCGUGCGGGUCUAGACUCGAAGCAGACAAUAUCUUGGUCGGAAAAAUGUCUGAGAUGUUACAAGUGGUAUUAGAGCCUCUCUUCGUCUCUCUUGGGCGAUGAUAGGGUAGGGCAAACCUCAAUGAGGACGUUGUGUCAUGGAGGGGGGUGUAUGUAACAUCUCAGGAAGAUCCUACAUCGACAAAACGUAGGAGAGAUUCGUGAUUCAUGAGUAAGAAACCGACUAUAACUAAGAAUACAUAUUUUGGGGGUUAAAUGGAAGAUCUUCGAAGCUAAACGUACUCACUGUGGAGCAAUGCAAGAAUGAGUAACCUAUCGGGAAGUCACAUUGACAUGCACCCCAAAGAAAAAAAAAAGUGUUGGUCUGCCCCCAAAACGGACAAUGUUUUUAUCUGAAAAAUGUCCGGGAUGUUACAGUUCAAGACUCCGGCAUGAGUCCAAUACGAAAGUCAAAACCAUUACACCCCGCAGUAAAAAAAGACUUCAUUAACGGCCAGAUGGACGACCAUAUUAUUUUGUCUACCAACAAACAGAAUCCGCAAUUCUGUGAAGCAAUUUGCAUUAAAGAUCCAAGAACACC